GUGAGACCGGUAUCCGGGCACUCUAGCACGUUGUGAACCCGCUAGGUCUCCGGCAGCCGUUACGGCAAUUCAUAGCAUCAGCCGAUUGCAAAGCAAGCGUUUUUAACACAACUGACCAGUUGAGAUUUCCAGUCAACCAAAGAAAUGGUGAUGGAGAAGCCAAGUGCCCAGCUGGUCGGGCGAGAGUUUGUCCGACAGUAUUACACGCUGCUGAACCAGGCUCCAGACUACCUGCACAGGUUUUACGGAAAGAACUCCUCCUACGUCCACGGCGGCCUGGACAGCAAUGGCAAACCGGCAGAGGCCGUUUACGGACAGGCCGAGAUCCACAAGCGGGUGAUGGCUCUGAGUUUCCGGGACUGUCACACUAAGAUCCGACACGUGGACGCUCACGCCACCCUGAACGAGGGCGUGGUGGUCCAGGUGAUGGGCGAGCUGUCCAACAACAUGCAGCCCAUGAGGAAGUUCAUGCAGACGUUUGUUCUGGCGCCAGAGGGAACGGUUGCAAAUAAAUUCUACGUCCACAACGACGUGUUUCGCUACCAAGAUGAGGUGUUUGGUGACUCGGACUCGGAGCUUCCAGAAGAGUCCGAGGAUGAGGAGCUGGAGAGAGUCCACUCCCCUGAUGUGGCCCCAGAGGAGUCCGCUCCCUUCUACGACCCCACAGCUUGUCCAGAACCAGCGGUUCCUGGUGACGAGGAGGAAGAAGCUGCAGCGAGCCCAGAACCGGAGCACGAGGCGGAGAAGGAGGCGGAGGCCGGCGAGGCGGAGCUGAAAGCGGAGACGAUGCUGGAGACGCAGACGGAGUCGCUCACAAUCGAGGAUCAGACGGAGAAAAGCCCCCCCACAGUCGUCGCUCCCACCACAGAACCGGCCUCGGCGCCGGCCGAAGCCGCUGUGUCCGCCCCCGAGGAAAACAGGUUCUCCUGGGCGUCGGUCACCAGUAAGAACCUCCCUCCCAGUGGGGCUGUGCCCGUCUCAGGCUUUCCCCCACAUGUAAAAGCCACGCCCACACCUCAGCCCAGACUGGAGGUGAAGUCAGAGACCCAGACAGUCCAGAGGCCGCAGAGAGACCAGAGACCCAGAGAACAGCGGCCCGGAGGUCCUCCGCCGCCCAACAGGGGGCCACGGCCAGUUAGAGAAGGAGAGCAAGGUGAGCUGGAGACUCGUCGGAUGGUUCGGUACCCGGACGCCCACCAGCUCUUCGUCGGCAACGUUCCUCACGAUGUGGACAAGACGGAACUGAAGGAGUUCUUUGAACAAUACGGGAACGUCCUGGAGCUGCGGAUCAACAGCGGCGGGAAGCUCCCCAACUUCGGCUUCGUGGUGUUUGACGAUUCUGAGCCCGUGCAGAAGAUCCUCAGCAACCGGCCCAUCAAGUUCAGAGGCGACGUCCGCCUGAACGUGGAGGAGAAGAAGACCCGGUCGGCCAGAGAGGGCGACAGGCGAGACGUGAGGCCCCGCGGUCCAGGCGGCCCCGGCGGCCCCAGAGAGCGAAUAGGAGGCGGACCCCGGGGGCCCCCUACCCGCGGCGGCAUGUCACAGAAGCCCAGCUUCGGUUCUGGACGGGGCGCCGGCGCCGCCGAGGGGCGCUACUCUGCUCCUCGUCAGUGAACCAAUCAGCAGCAGGAGUUAGAUUAACCGUCUGGAUUCAGUCUCUACUGGUUUAUGAUUUUUCUGCAACAAGAACUGAUUAGAAAAAGCUAAAUAAAAAAAAAAAAAACAACAAACUCCCUUUACAUGUAGGAGAGAAAAUCAGCAGGAAUUAGAGAGUUGGAGUGACGAAUUCGGUCCGCUGCUCAUGUGUUGCCCGACCCAUGAUUCCUUUCUGCAUUAUUCUGUCUCCUUAAUGUUUUUGGCUCAAAACUUUCGACAUCAAGCCGACAUCCGCUGAAUUCAGGCGCCAGUCAUCCAUCUGUUUGUUUCAACGCUAGCACCCCCACCCCCCCAACCCAAGCCUAACCUCCGGUGUCUGAGCAUCAGAGCAGAGUCCAGGGACACAUCUUUACUCUGGAUGCUGAGACUCGUUUAAGAGACAGGAGUGCUGAUGCAGAACGCUGCUUUUAGCAUUCCCACGCAAGGAGUUGUGAAGAACGGCCACCAAAAAAAAACUGUUUUUUGUUUAGUUUUUUUUUUUAUGUUUGUUCUGACCGUCUAGGAAAACCAAGAAUGAAACCAUAACUGCUGUCUGCGUUCUCUCCUCUUGUGAACGGCCGUUUCCUCCCAUCCUGAUGCCACUCCCUGACUCCAGCAGGAGACGCAAACCUGCUCCUCCAUCAGAUCAGCCCUGAAUGUUUGUUUUUCUUUUUUUUUUUUUUUUUGUUUUCAUUGCUUUCACCCGGACUUUUUUCGUCAACUUUUUCAUGCUAAACUUGAAUUUGUUAACAGAUCAGAACACGCAAACAGAUGAAAAAGGGUAAAUACUACUUGAAUUGGGGGAUUUGAAAACCCAGAUUUUAUUUCGCGUUCUCUCUCCCUGUUUCUUAAAGGAACGUGUACUUUUACUGCUUGGGCAAUCCUGUGUAUUGCUACCACCGUUGUAUCUAGCAAUGGAUCUGUCUUUCUAUUCUAUCAGGUCAAAGAGCUGAAAUGUUGUAGUUUUAUUUUAGUAAUGUUGUCUGAAUGGAGCAUGUAUCAAAACCUGUCAGACUUGUACUACCGAUGCACUUCAUUUGUCAUCUGAAAAAAAAUAAGCUCACAUGCCGACGAGAGAACUAAAUUAAAAGCAAUUUUACUGUUUUAA